AUGUUGGCAGCUACCUUUCGCUUCGCUGCUCGGAAUAGGGUCAUGUCCUACCGGGCAUUGUCAAGCCUCUCAAGCAACCCGUCCAUCAAAGUCCUCGACAACCCCAACUCUCCCUUUACCCACGUCCUCAGCUACCUCGAGACCGAGCCUCCGUCUGAACGCCUAGCGAUUGGGACUACGGCAGCGAAUCCUCCUACUCCCCAGUCCUUCACCGAGAACCCGGAAUUUAUCUCAAUCCUCAACGAGGUUGUGUCCGAGUACGGCCAUGAGGACGACGACUUGGUCAGCCAGGCGCGAGCCUUUGCUAGCCCUGGCGCAUUCAACCUGGGCGCAGGUGGGGGUGUGUUCUUCUCUGCGGCGAAGCGACCGAACAAGCGGCUCCGGCGACAAGGUGGCAGCGGUGCUGGAGAGUCGAGCGCAAGUGACGCAAGUGCGGAGCCGAAACCCGCAGGCACAGGACGGGGAGGAUGGGUGCAUCUUAGUGACCGACGGAACCCGCCAGACUUUGGGCGUAUAGCGUGGCCGGAGGAUAUCCUGGGCAGCGUGGAGGUGGAUGAUACCGGGACCAUCAUAGGCAAGGUGCAGCCUAGCGGGACGUACCGCAUUUUGACGAACGCGGGAAUUUUGGGACUGAGCCCAUUUUUGCAGGGAAAGCUGGUGGAUCGGUUGAGGCAGGAGGAAGCAAAGGAUCGCCGCCGGGGUUGA